AUGGGGGAAUGGACCAUCUUGGAGAGGCUGCUGGAAGCCGCGGUGCAGCAGCACUCCACUAUGAUUGGGAGGAUCCUGUUGACUGUGGUGGUGAUCUUCCGGAUACUCAUUGUGGCCAUUGUAGGGGAGACGGUGUACGAUGAUGAGCAGACCAUGUUUGUGUGCAACACCCUGCAGCCCGGCUGUAACCAGGCCUGCUAUGACCGCGCCUUUCCCAUCUCCCAUAUACGUUACUGGGUCUUCCAGAUCAUAAUGGUGUGCACCCCCAGUCUCUGUUUUAUCACCUAUUCUGUGCACCAAUCUGCCAAGCAGCGAGAACGCCGGUACUCUACUGUCUUUCUAGCCCUGGACAGAGACCCUGCUGAGUCUAUAGGGGGACCUGGAGGAACCGGGGGUGGGGGCAGUGGAGGGAACAAACGAGAAGAUAAGAAGUUGCAAAAUGCCAUUGUCAAUGGGGUGCUGCAGAACACAGAGACCACCAGUAAGGAGACAGAACCAGAUUGCUUAGAGGUUAAAGAGCUGACUCCACAUCCAUCUGGGCUGCGCACAGCAGCAAGGUCCAAGCUCCGAAGACAGGAAGGUAUCUCCCGCUUCUACAUCAUCCAAGUGGUGUUUCGAAAUGCUCUGGAAAUUGGGUUUCUGGUGGGCCAGUACUUUCUAUAUGGCUUCAGUGUUCCAGGGUUGUAUGAGUGCAACCGUUACCCCUGCAUCAAGGAGGUAGAAUGUUAUGUGUCUAGACCUACCGAGAAGACGGUCUUUCUGGUGUUCAUGUUUGCUGUGAGCGGCAUUUGUGUGGUGCUCAAUCUGGCUGAACUUAAUCAUCUGGGAUGGCGGAAGAUCAAACUGGCUGUCCGGGGAGCCCAGGCCAAGAGGAAGUCAGUCUAUGAGAUACGUAACAAAGACCUGCCUCGAGUCAGUGUUCCCAAUUUCGGCAGGACUCAGUCCAGUGACUCUGCCUAUGUGUGA